GGCAGCCGGGGCCGUGCGAGCAGCUGCUGCGGAGCCCUGCCCCGCUAGUGCCGGCGGCGGGCGUGGGGCGUUCUGGCCUUCGGAAUUACAGGAAAAAGCGUUAUUUGUGCUCUGCCGGGCAACUUCCCAUUUUGUCCGUCCCUUCGCGGUCGCGGGGAGGCAGAGGCCCCUGUUAAAACAAGCGUAGCUGAGUGUUUUCUGCCCAUACUUACUGAGAAGGAAAUGUUCAGCAAUUUGAUUUGGAUGUUUGUCCUGCUCUGCAUCUCUGUAACAGAUGAAAACUCCAUCAGAGAUGCUGACAUUUUUCCUUCAUCUCCUGAAAUUGAAAGAGGAUCCUCCCUGAAACUAUCCUGUGUUCUUAGAAACAACUACACGCCACAGAGAAAUGCAAGCCACAUCAUUUGGAAAUUGAAUAAUGAAUUGAUUGCUCCAGAAAACUAUAACAUUGUGAAUAAGACUGUAUCUAAUAUAACCAUCCAUAAUUUCACUUACAGCACAGCUAAUGUGGAAUGUUUAAUGAAGUACUUGGGCAAGGAACUACCUUUGGCUCACACAGAAGUUAAAUCUGGCUUUCGUCCAGACGUGCCAGAAAAUAUUUCCUGCAUUUAUUUCUAUGAUGUUAACCUCACCUGUUCCUGGAAUGCAGGAAGAGAAACAAAUCUUAUGACGAACUAUACUCUUUACCGAAAACUUGCUGCUUCUGGUGGUGCUCUUUUUCUGCCUAUCCAAGACUCCAGGAUGUCUUCUCCAGAUUUAGUUAAACCCUGCCCGGCUGGAACAGAGUCGUGUUCACUUUCUUAUGCUGACAAUGUUUAUAGCAAUGAUUUUUGUUUUCAAGUGGAAGCUAAAAAUGUUUUGGGUGCAUCCUUAACAGAGUGUGUCCCUAUACCUUUGCAAAAAAUAGAGAAAUUUGCCCCUCCUGAAAUCAUUUCAGUUAAAAAAAUCCCUGGUAUAAAGCAGUUACUUACAGUAACCUGGAAAAUGCCUGAGAAGAUUAUCCCUUUAAAACAUAUUAUUUGCCAGGUUCAAUACAGAAACUUGUAUUCAAACUUUACCGAAUUUGUCAAUGUCUCACUGAAUUCUAAGAAGAAAGUAGGAUCGUGUAAUCUCACAGGUCUGUGGGACUCCACAGACUAUUCUGUUGCCAUUCGGUGUGUCAAUAAUGAGUCAGCAUUUUGGAGUGGAUGGAGUGGAGAGAAAAAUGGAAGCACAGAAGAAAAUGCUCCUUCAGGAAAAGUGGAUUUGUGGAGAGUAAUUAAGUCUUCACGCUCAUCUAGAAAUAGAUCUGUACAUCUUAUGUGGAAGCCAUUAAAAAGCUUUCCGCCUUCUGGGAGAAUUCUAGGCUACAAAAUACAGUAUUUUCCAGAAAACAAGGCUGCACAUAAAAGGACAAACAAUUCUACUGAACCGAAAAUGACCUUACUUUUAAAUGAAGAGGCACAUAUAAUAUCUGUCACUGCUUAUAACUCUGCUGGAGAGUCUCCUGAAGCUAUUUUGAGGAUUCCAUCCCCUGAUGAAAAAUCCUCUCAGAUGAUUGAAAAAGUGGUGACCUCUACAACAAAUGAAGAAGUGGUGGUGCAGUGGAAAACCUCUGAACCAGAAAUAACCAAAUACGUGGUUGAGUGGUAUGAGGAGUUGGAGAUGGACCCUUUUGGUAGAUCAUGGCAAUAUGUAUCAAAUUCUACAAAGUGGAAAAUUAACAAAAAAAACUUCAAACCAUUUAUAUGCUAUAACAUCUUGGUGUAUCCUCUUUAUGAAAGUAAUGUAGCAGCUCCAUCCUACACACAAAUCUAUGCUGAAGAAAAAAAGCCAUCAGAAGGACCUGUGGCUGAUACAGGCAUUCUGGGGAAAAAUGAAGUUACAAUAAAGUGGAAUGAGAUUUCAAAGGCUAAAAGAAAUGGAUUUAUCACUAAUUAUACAAUAUUUUAUAAACCCAAAAAUGGAAAAGAAUUGAAUGAAACAGUGAACUCUGAUGUUCUACAAUACAGACUGAAGUCCUUACAGGCUAAUACACAAUAUACUGUUCAGAUUAUGGCAAGCAACAAAGCUGGGGGAACCAUUGGAGAGCCAAAAACCUUCAAGACUUUAAAACUGGAUAAAGAAGAUAUCUUUUUUAUUGCUAUACCUGUUGAGAUAAGCAUUUUGUGUCUGAUAGGCCUUUGGAUAACGUGUGUUUUGAAAAAACACGUGUUUAAAAAGGUUUGCUGGCCUGAUAUACCAAAUCCUGAAGAAAGUCUUGCAGUGGAAUGGCCUCUUGCUUCAUCUGUGAAUAAUUCCUUUUUGAAGAGAAUGUCAUCUCAGACCAAAACCGUAGACUUUGAAGAAAUAAAUGUUUUGGAAUACUGUUUUCCUGAAGAAAGUCAGGAAGGGUCCCUACUAAUAAAUUAUGACAACCAUGUUUCUGAAUGUACUGGUAUUAAUACAAAAGGCAUAACUAACAGAGAUGAAAAGAUACUGCAUAAUGAAGAGAAUGAAGCUGCUAAAAGUUUUUCCCCAUCCAUGCCUUAUAUAAUUACUGAUCAAUUUACCAGAAGUCAAAUGCAUUCAGCUUUCAUACCAGUGAAGGAAGUCCAGCCCAUAGAAAUGGUGGCAAGUGAUUUGUGUGGAUGCCAGCAGAAUCCAAUUAAAAAUGAAGAAAAUGACAAUGAGGAAGUUUUAAACCUGGAAGAUUUCAAUGAAAAGACACUGUUCAAUCCGUACCUUAAAAAUUCAGUUAAAACAAGGGAAUUUCUUAUUUCUGAGAGCUUGCCAGAGCACAGUACAGAAGAAUGCAGAAGCCAGUCAGGUGCCUUACUUCCUUUUCAACCAAAUGUUCUGGCACAGUCUUACAUAACAGUGGACAUGUUCAGGGUGGCCAAAGGUCAGCAGUGUGAGAGGGCUCCGUUAUAAAAUCCUCCUGUGAGAUAUCCCUGGGCACUGCUGCUCACAGGCAGUCACAUGUUCUGAGGUGGCUGAGCUCGGUUAAUUUGGAUGGGAGCACCCUCUUCCUUCAAAUAGUUGUGAAUUAGUUUGUUAUGCUGUGUGUGUAUGUCAGAGUUCACUUU